AUGAAUUCAUUCUCAAUCAGCAUAUCAUCAUCAAAUAUAAAUAGGACCACAUACACUAAGUUGAUACGAUUAAUCACUCUCUUGUUUCCUCUCUUUGUUGUUCGCCAAGUUAUCUUCAUAUCAGCCACUCUCAACCAAAUGACCAUCACAGAAGCAUCAAUAGACAUUGGUGUUACUUAUCAAUUGUUGGGAGACAAGCAACCUCAACCAAGCGAUGUGAUCAAUCUCUACAAAAAGUACGGCAUUGGCAAGAUUAGACUCUAUGAACCUGAUCCUCCUACACUUGACGCACUAAAGGGAACCCAAAUUAGUGUCGCUCUUGGCAUACCAAAAAAUGACAUACCCAAUUUAGCUAGUGGUCAAGGAGCUACAAACCAUUGGUUUUCAUCCAAAGUUCAACCUUACCUUGACAAUGUUCUCUUAUCAUAUAUCGUCGUUGGCAAUGACCUUAUACCGGGUGAAUAUUCCUCGUAUAUUCCGACUAUAAUGGAUUAUCUCCAAAGCAUCCUGAAUUCAUCAAACCUGCAUGGUAUUAAGGUUACUACUGCGGUGCCUAUAACCACAUUGGUGACUUCUUAUCCACCUUCAACUGGACCAUUCAUAAAGGAAGCACAUGGUGCAUUUGGUAGAGUUCUAAAGUUUCUAUCAAAACAAGGAUCGCCCCUUAUGAUCAAUGUGUAUCCUUACUAUGCCUAUGCAACUGAACCAGUAAAUAUUCGGCUUGAUUACGCACAAUUUACAGCGAAAGAAGCAAUUUUUCAAGAUAAGGGGUUGAGUUACUUGAACCUGUUUGAUGCCAUGGUUGAUGCUUUCUACUACGCAAUGGAGAGAUUGGGUGUUAGUGAUGUUGAUGUAGUGGUAGGUGAGACUGGUUGGCCUUCUGCAGGGAAUGGAAACUUCACAACUCCAAAGCUUGCUGCGACAUAUAAUCAACACUUCAUUAAACAUAUAUUGAAUUUUAAUGGGACACCAAAAAGAGCUGGAGCUUACGUAGAAGGGUUUCUUCAUACCAUGAUCAAUGAAAAUUUCCAAUUUAAUCCUGGAAAUCAAAAUUUUGGACUUUUCAAUCCCAAUAUGCAGCCUGUUUACCCCUUGUUUAGUAAUUGA